UUUGUCACCAGGGGCCGACACCCCCGGGACAACACCUCAAGAAUUCACUGCAUAUACAGGCAUACUAAAGACGCUCCGCAUGACCUCAUCUCUGGCGGCACCUGGGCACAUUUCGGCAGACAACGCGAAGAAAACCAGACGAUAUUCAAAUUGUGUUAAGGAUCUUUUAUCGAAAACGACAAGAUGGCUUCUCAAGUGGCUGAUGAAGUUGCUCAGGUUAUGGCUAAUUGCGGUUCGAACGCGGAAUACGUUAAGGAACUGUGUUUCCAGUGUUCGGGGGCGUUUAAUCUGGCGGACACUGAUGGAAGUGGGUACUUGUCAAGGCAAGAACUCACCGCGCUCCUCGCCAGGGUGAAUUCUCCAUUGGAGCCAGAGAAAACUUUCAAAUUCUGUGACCUCGAUCGAAACAACCAAGUCACCAAACUGGAAUUUAUCAAGGCUAUUGUCUGCAUAUGCAUGGAAGACGACAUCAGGCGAGUUUUCAAAGACUUUGACGAGGACGGCUCUGGGCAGAUCGACCGCGACGAACUGGGGAAAUUGGCAUCAAGUUGCAAGGAGAAGGGCAUCGACCAGGGGAGACUCCAACGCGUCCUGGCGAAGUAUGACGAUGACUGCUCGGGCAGCAUCAGCUUCGAGGAGUUUAGGGACCAUUUUUUCGCGUGUCACUAGAACUACGGUAGUCUUAUUGGCUAUGCACUCUUGGAAAUGAAGGUUUCUCAGCUUUUGAAAAACCGUUAAUGGUGUUUCGGUCGACACAGUUAUGCACCCAUGCAGGAGAGGUUUUCCAGCGAAGGGGAUUUUUACACUCUCAAAAGGCAUUUGGGGUUUUUCACUUUACCAAAAACCUCUAUACAGGGUGCAUGCAUAUUUGUGUUUGGCGAAAAUCCUAUCACGGUUUUUCAGAACCUUUAUUUCUAAGAGUGUGCUGGUACAGCUAAAGCCAGCGAAGGUUAGUCCGUGUUGGCAUUGUCUCAGACAUCGUAGUAUAGCUCCUAUUGAAAAUAAUAUCAGAAUUUUGAAUAUCAAUAUAUUGAAUUUUGUAUAUCAGAGGGCCUUAUCACGCUGCGGCUCGAGAGAGGAACUGAUUCAAUUUUUCAGUAACCGGACUAGAAGUCUGAGUUCAGAAUACGUUCGGAUCCAAUGCCGUUUAGAUGACUGGAUCAUUUAACCACUUGCCUUGCUUAUUCUUGGCUGUCUUUUCUAUUUGAGAUCAUAUAUCAUACUUGAUGUCACCACCUUAUUGUCCAUCGACAUUGAACAUUUUGAAUAACACCAAACGCCCAUGGGCAUGACAUUCAAAUUGUAUUUUUAGAACCGGUCUUGGAUCUCCGUGAGACGGGAGCAUAUUGAAAUACUAACAACUAUGUGGAUGGAACGAUAUAA